GUGAGAAAGAGAGGGAGGGAGAGGGGAGGUGAGUACCGGCAAAGGGGAGAGGGUGAGAUCGACGAAAGGCUUUUAUCCAUGAGAGCCCUUCAUCAUACUCGUUGAUUUUCGAUCGCGAUCGCUAAUGCGUUAACGUCGAGAUUGCGUUAGAUGCGAAAUGUCAAUCCAUGAGACGCGCAAAAAUCGGCAUCGACAACGGCGUGAGAAAUUGUAGCUUCGAGCAAGAGAGGCAGAGAGGGAGAGGAAGAGAAAGAGGAAGAGGAAGAUUUCGGUCGACAGUUCUUUCGCGAUAUUCCGGCUGCGUCCUGAAUUGAAUCGCGAGAGCGAUCAAAGUUGAGAUCAGUUCGUCGCUCGAAGAAUUCAUCGUCGGCAGCGCCGACGAUUGCGCCGCUAAUAAGAAGUAAUGACUGAAAUAGUGAUAAACUAAUCGCCUGAGGUGUCGAGCAGUUAUUAAAGACCAGGGCCCCUUUAGGGUCAUGGUUUAUUAAGAGCCGUACAAGUUCCGGAGAGAUGUAAGAUCCCGCGGAGGACACACCGAUUUAUUCAAGCGUCCAGGAUCCACGGAGUGCCGGUGAAUUACGGAGAAACGUAAGACACGCGGAAGAUGCCGAGGAGCCAUUCUCACGGCAAUAAGAGCCGCUAUUGCUUAAGGACCGGAAAGUUCGGGAGGCAUUGUGAAACUGAAGCCUAUAUAUAUCUACAGCAGCCGAAUGAGAUAUCGCGUCGCGCGUCGACGGAAUGUUAGAAACCGGCGAACGUUGAAUAUGAAUGUCGCGCCGGGGAGUGAUAACCGAGUUCCGAUACCGAUGCUAAACUGAUCCACGGGGAGAUCCCACGCUCUUGCGUGUGUCGCGCGCGCGCAAGUAGUCGGCGGAGUCGCUGAGCGCGCUCGUUCAUGAAGAUGUUCGAGAGCUCAAUUGAUCCCGGGAAGCACAUAAAUUGCGCAGCUGCCGCGCUGAUGCCGCGAGCGAGCGAGCAGCCAGCGCGAGUCGCGGGCGCACGAUCGAAUCGGACAUGUCAGGAUUAAGCUCGAUGAAGCGGCCGAGGACUCAUCAUCGCGAGCGGAUGUAACACAAACGGACACCAGCUGCGCACGGGAAGAUGAGCGGCUGAAGAUGAGUGCGUCAGGCUAUUGGUGCGCGCUCAUCCUGCUCACGUUCACGCAAGAUUCCCUCGGCAGCCACUACGAGAAGCCGCUCCAGAUCGAGAGGCCGAAGGAAUACCUGCGGCAUCAGCAAAACCACCGCUCGUCCUUCGCCGACCGCAAGUCCAUCGGCCCGACGGACUUCCGCAGCGCCGCGGAGAUCCGCUCGGCACUCAACGACCCCACGGGGGCUCAGCCGAUCCGCGCGAUCACGGAAUCGCGUCCGGCCGAAACGGCGAGUCGCACCGCGGACGUUCGUCGGCUCGACGACAGAGACCGUCGCGCGGAAAUGGGCCGGCUGUUAGUGCAGAAUCGCGCGGUCUCCACGGACCUCUCGACGGAGAUUCGCACAAUCGCAGCCCGUCUCACCGCGGCGACACGCUCCGCUCCGGAGAUCCCCCCUCCUCCGGGGGAACGUCACACAGCGGAGAUGAAGAACCGCGGCGGCGGCGUUCCGAGCGAGAAGCGAGCCGCAAGGAGCCGCUCGACGGAAACGCGCUCGCGGCAGCAAGUCUCGUCGAGGGAGAUGGAGGCGCUAUGGAUGGAGGUCGAGCAGACUGAGACGAGCGUCGAGCGAUCGCAGAUUCGGCACGGCAGAUCGAGGAGUCACUUUGCGCGGCAGAAAGUCGAGGACGCCUCGAAGGACCUGGCGACCGGCCUGUCCUUCGAGAGGAUCAAAAGCUACGUCCGCGAGGACCAAGCGAUCCGUUUCAAGACGCGCCGGGCCGAGAAGCAGGUCGAUUAUCAGGAUGGCUCCGUUUCAUCGAAGCGCAAUCACUUGUCGAUCCUUGAGCAAAAUUCCUCGAAAGACAGCUCGAUGAACGGCCGGUCCUUCGAUCGAACCGAAGAUGGAGCCUCGGAGGGGCUGGAGAGUUUGCUCAAGCUGUACCAAGCGAGAAAGGGAAACGUUCUUGACGAGAGUCCUGCCGUUUCUCUCAUGCGUAAUCAUUCCUUCGUCGAGCGGAACUUCUCCAAGGAUAACUCCGCAACCGGCAGCCGAUCUUCCGAGAGGAUCAAGAACGCGCCGCGGGAAGACUUCGAGAGCGCACUCAAAGCGCGCCAUCUGGAAAAUCACGGUGUUCUACGAUCGAGUCCCGAUUCCCUCAAGGACCUCGUCAAAGACGACCCGCUGAGUAAACUGCGGAAGGCGAUAUCCUCGAACAAGACCACUUUCACAGCCACGGUGGAUCACAACUUGACCGAGACGAUCGUCGACCCGGCGGCCGAGGAUAUCAGUGAGUCUUCGCGCGACCUCGACGAGGAGGUCCUACAGGACGUGAUAUUGGAUUACACGAGCUACGAAGAGCCGGCGAACGCGUCCCAGGAUCACGGUCGCAGGAGACCAGAAGCCGCCCAGGUCGACAUAGUGACGCGUUUCCUGCGGAUAAUCGAGAACCAACACACCCUGGGCGAGAACUGCACCGCCGGCACUGAUCUGAAUCUGGGCGAAGGCGUGGUGGACCAAUACGCUCAGGAGAGAUUCCGUUUGGAAGCGAAUCUCGCCGUGAAUCGCGCCAACAUGCUCACCCGGCUCUGGAAGUACGCCCCGGAAGUGAUGCUGUCCUCCGAAUAUCUGUUGCACGCGAGCGUCCUCUCCAUGGUGGAGUUCGACGAGGACAUCUUCGCUGCGGGCAAUUGCUACGACAAGCUUCAGUACAGAGACCGCUGGCUGUAUUGCCCGUUCGCCCACCGGCUGCCGAAUCAGGACGGCAUCCUCGUGAAGGAUCUCGCGAUCGAAUACAAGUACCUGACUAACAGCAGUGAGUGGUUCUACAUCGCCCGGAAGAACGCCGAGAGGGUGAUCGCUAGCUACGAGCAGUUCAGCCGAGGAUUCCACACCUAUACUUUGAACGAAAGCGUGCACACGGAAAGGGAGGAGGACGAAAUCCUGACAGUGAAAUACGAGGAUGGCAGGUGGUCGAAACCGUAUUACGACUGUGGGGGCGGCAAUAUUUGGAUGCUGACCUAUACGGUGCCCUUCUUCGGAUACGUCAACGACACCUACUUCUUCAAGGGCACCAGCGGUAUCGACGUAGACCUCCGACGGGUAGACAUAGAUCAGUGCCCGUUACCGGCUGGGUCCUCGCAGCUGAACAUAUUUGCCGCCAGCGACAAAUGCAAAAAGCGCACCACAGAGUGCAUUGCUAUUUCCGGCCUUGGCUUCCGCCGCGGUAGUUAUCGAUGUGUUUGCAAACGAGGGUUUUUCUAUCCGGACACGAAAUCAGACAAGCGGUAUUACAAUGGUACCGUCAUAGAGGAAGAGUAUGAGAAAUUGAUGAUGGGUGAAAGGAGUCAAUACGCCGUAACCGGGGUGUUCGAAUGCCUGCCGUGUGCCGAAGGGUGCGAGUUUUGCGAGGACGGCUCGCCUUGCGUAGUAUCCCUGAACUGGCUGAUGAGAACCGCGAUACUGAUCCUGGAGUGCUGCAUCAUCGCCUGCUUGCCAGCCGUCGUUCUUUUCACGUGGAAAUACGGCCAUGUAAAGGUGGUGCGGGCGGCCAGUCCGGUUUUGUUGCGCGUGAUUGUCCUGGGCGCCUUCUUCAUAUAUUGCACAACCAUAGUUAUGUAUCCCAGACCAAACAUCAUCACAUGCACUGUGCGCGUGUGGCUACGAGAAAUUGGCUUUUCCCUCACAUACGGAGCGCUGAUGCUCAAAACGUGGCGACUAAAAGAUGGAUCGAACGAAACGUUUGCGAUGUUCGCUCGCAGGAUAUCCGUGAUCUUCCGAGUGAAAUCGGCGAAAGCCGUGAAAAUAACGGACGCGAGCCUGCUGAAGCGGCUGGGUAUCAUCGUUCUGACGUUCAGCGUAUUCCUGAGCAUAAGGACUCUAGUCGCGCCACCCGUCGUCAUCGUUGCACGGACCGCCGACGAUCUCAAAGCGUACCUCUGCCGAACUGACUGGUGGGACCACAGUUUCACUACUCUCGAGGUGAUGUUCCUAGUGUGGGGCAUCCGCUUGUGCAUCGUAGUAAGAAAAACUCCGUCGGAGUUUAAUGAAAGCCGAUUCAUUUCAAUGGCGAUUUACAACGAAUUUCUAUUGUCAGUCUUCCUCAACGUUUCAAUGUUGUUCCUGCAAUCGCCGGCCAAUCCGGAUUUAUUGUACAUCAUAUUUUUCUGCCAUACCCAGCUUACCGUCACAUUGCUGCUGUGCCUGAUAUUCGGCAGUAAAGCUUACGUGGUAUUCCGCGGCGGGGGGAAGGAGGAGACGAUCGGCAAACUUUGCGGCGCGACCGGCAAGUUCCUGGGGAAAAGCAGUCGUCCGCAGGGCACCAGUAACCAGACCAACUCGAUAUCCCUUCAGCAGGGUAAUUUUGCUGAAGAAAGCGACUCAGCCACGGAGGAGUUUCGCCGAUUGCUCAACCAGUUAGAAGUCCUGAAGGAGAAGAACGUUUUGCUAGGGAAUCAGGAGUUAGUCAGCAAGUUAGCGGCCAUGCUGGACGUUUCGAAUCGCGUCGAAGCUCAAGUGUCCACGAUUCAAGCCAUCUCGACCAGCAUUGUUCAGUUGAACGAUCUCAAUAAAUCAACGGAAGAGACCAGCGUUGGACAAGUUUGUCAGGAGAAGGAUCAAGCAGGAAACGGUUCUCAGGGCGAAAAUCGAUGUCGCGCAUGCAUCGAAAAGAACGGUAUCGGACUGAAGGACACGCAAGAUCCUACGAAGGAUAACGAGAUGUCGGAUACGAAGAAAACUAGCAAGGACAUCGCCAUGUCGACAUCCUCGAGGCACGCUACCGAGGACGUCGAUAGGGAAGUGUGUCACGGAAAGGAUAACGGUAAAGAAACGGACACAAAGGACAAGUCCAGGGGCAAGUCUGGUCAUGCCCGAACACACGCCAUAGUUAUCAACCUCGACGACAAGAGCAGGUUUUCCGAAGAAGUUACCGUGUAACGUUAAAUGUCGCGUCGUCGAGUAAAAAAUAAAUAAAUCGAUCGAAACGCAGGGUGUAAUUCUUCCGAGUAUAAUCGACCUCGGUCGCGCUUCUCCGUUUUUCUUUUCGUCGCGAAUAGCAUUCCUCGUCUCUGACCGUGCGACUUAAAAAAGUACCUAUACAUAAUUAUCAAUCUUAGAUUCUUGAAGAAUUGAACGCUUUACCUUCCUUCUCUGUUUCCUUCCUUCCUAGCUAGAAUUGACUAUUAAUAAGGUGAGAUUUAUUCUUAGAUAAAACUGACAUAUUUCACCGUUAUUAUACAACUAUUCUAUAAAAGAAAAAGAAACUAAAU